GGACACGUAUAGAAAACAGCAGCUGCUUCCCUCCCUUUCCUGAACCCCUAGAUCCUUGGAAUCAUCCUUCGCUGCCGUACACGCAAAGGACUGCGUGCCUGUCUACAUACCCUUCGCUCCAUCACAUCCUUCAGCUGCCGGUACAGACGCAGAUACAGACACAGAUACAGCCACAGCUCCCGCGACAUCGUGCCCUUCCCCUGCUGUUUUGCAUCUCCUGAUCAGAAAAUCAAUGCAAGCCCAUCGUCUCCUCUGUCCAACGAUAUCAUCCCGCUACCCAGUCUUUUUUGUCCUCAAGCGCAUCAACCGUUCACACAUGUACAUUAGGGCGGUUGCCACAUCCGGUAUAUGUUGAACAAGAUACAUAACGAAAUCUUAUCGCACCGCAUCUUGCCUGACCUUGCCAUACCAUACCGCAUUCUUCCUGUAUGUAAAUUCACCUGAAUCACAAGUCAAACAUCGACUUGAUCGCAAAUCUUAAAGUUGCCCUCUUAUACUGUCGUAGCAGUGGCAAACGACCACGAUAAAAGAGACCAAGCCUCUGGACAAAGCCUCCAUAUCCACAGACCGAACUGCAGCGGCGUACACAUCAACAGAGGAGCCGAGGAACUGAGAAACUGAGAAACUGAGCCACCCUUCGAUCUGACCCAACAACCAACCAUACAACCAUACAACCACGAAACCUCCAAGAAUAGCUCACUCAGCAACGAUACAAAUUUAUUCAAACACUCAACAUUCAUGCAACACACCAAAUGAUCCUGAAUCCUCCAGAUUACUGAACUUUCACUACUAUAUUGCUGCAUCCUCUCCAUUCCCCUUUAACGAGCAUACGUUUCACAUCAAUUAUUCAUUACGAAAUCACUGUUUCGCUAUUUGCUUAAUACCCUCCUUCAGGAUACGCAGCAAGCACAAUGUCAACAGCUACCAAAAAACCCCCAGUAUCUUUAGGAGCUGGUCGCAGAACGUCAUCAGAUACUUCAAGUACCGGUAUUCCAAGUAGAGCUGCAACACGUUCACCAACAAAAGAUUCUUCCCCUACUACAAACGGAACACACGCACGAAGUCGUUCAAUACGCAGUGGCACCCCAUUAUCCGCACGAGCUGCCAUGCAACGACCGGGCGCUGGUGCAUCCAACCUGAGUUCAAACAGUGUACCAUCUGUUGCGGAUGAUGACGCUAGGGCUGAGAAUAUUGCUCUUUUGGAUGAUUUGAAGGAGAGACUACGUAAAACAGAAACCAUAUCUGAGCAAUUCCAAAAGCAAGCUCAAGUUCUCCAGUCAAGAUUAGAUGAAGCUCUACAGGAUCAAGGGAAAUUGGAGGACCGUCUACAUGAGAACGAGGAGAAAUUAGAAACUCUACAAAAUGAAAAGAGAGACGCUCUUCGACAAAAGAGGGAGAUGGAAUCAAUCUAUGAAGCCGAGAGAAGUUCCAUGACAAAGGAGAGAGAAGAAAUGGCGAAUCGAGAGGAGGAAAUGCAAACAAUCAUUCAGCGAUUGAAGGAUUCUCUAUCGCAAAGAUCUUCGUCGGAUGAAGAGUCACGAUUGUCUAGGCGUUCAAACAAUACCUCCCCAGGUGUCGAAAAUGGCCAAUUCGCUCCGCCAUCCGGCUUAAACCGCAGCGACUCUCGCAACAAUUCCAAAUUACUUCUUCAGAAAGACAGACUCAUUGAAUCCUUGCGGUUAGAAUUGGCAGAAGCUCAAAUCAAAUUGGUAGAAUCCGAGAAUAUGGGAGGUGGAAGAAUGCAAGAGGUCGAAAAAUUACUGUUGGAAGCACGUAUGACGAAUGCAAGAUUGAUGGAAGAUAACGAGAGCUUCCAAUUACUUUUACAAGAAAAGACACUGAACGGCGAUUUCUCAAAGGAUCAUUUUGAAUACAUGGGUUCAUCAUCCAACGCCGAUGCGCUGAAUGCUUUGGAGGGUCGAUCACCAGGAGCUUCUCUCGCAGAUGAACUUUCCGAACUUAACGACAACGAAGGCGAAAGUGAUCAACACCGUCGUCUUGAAGCCGAAUUAAAAUCUGCCAAGGACCAGAAUAAAGCUUUAACAUUAUAUAUCAACAAAAUCAUUGAACGACUCCUACAACACCAAGAUUUUGAAACCAUUCUUGAUUCGGACUUCAAAUCUGGAGAUGCUAAGGGACCCGUUAAUAAGGAUAAAGACCUUCCUCCACCUCCACCAAAAGAGCAAGCUAGUGGCGCAUCUAUUCUUCAACGUGCGAAGACUGUAGCUAUGGGAAGUCGCAAACCAAGACCUCAAUCUGUUAUGCCAAUGAGCCAUGGAACUCUCAAUCAAGAUCCCGAAACAGCACCUAGUAUACCAUUCGGAGUUGGCCGUUCAUCAAGUGUUCGACAAGGAGUUCGUCCUAAAUCAGAACAAUAUACAGGCGGUGGAGCUUCAAUUGUUAAUCAAAUGUAUAGAGGCGGCCAAACCUCACCACCCCUCCAUGGACCCCAAACUCCUCGACACUCGCAAACCUUUUUCGGGACUGGUCCCAUGGCCGGUAAACCCACUUCUCGCCAUCCUUCCUUAGGUCAAGUACCCACUGCGGGUAAUUUCCCGGGUCUCAAGAGCGAAAGUAGUAGUAUAAGCGGAGAUAGCGGUGAGGUCAGUACACCGCCCAGUACUAAUAGUCCUCCACGAAAAGAGGCGAGAAAAUUUGCGGGUAAUAAACCAAAACCAUUACAAUUGGUUCAGGAUAAAGAAGAAGAGGAUAAAACGAAGGCUAAGAGAGCUAGUUGGAUGGGAUGGGCUUUUGGUGGCGCAGGAGCUCAAAAGAAAGAGGAUGGUGUUGCAUCGGCAGGGGUCCUUGGUGAAGAUCCUAUUAUUGAAUAAUUGCGCAAUUGGCUAGGAAACAUAGAUCUGGUUGAAUAUUUGAGAGAAAUGCAUUUGAUAUGGAGUCAUAUCGAAUUGGGAUAAUAAUUCUUGGGGAGAUAUUAGUUGGGAAUUCGGGUGGAAUAAUGUGGUUGAAUCAUAUGAUUGAUGCGUUUGGUGUAGAUUUGGAGAAUUAGGUGGUGGAUAUACUUCUUUUUUUUCUUCACUUUUUUUCUAUACUUCUUCACCUCGGUAGGGUUGGCGGGGGAUAGGAUAUUCUUCCCUCAGUUCGUAGUCUAUUUUUAUAUGGACAUUUAGUCUAGAUAGACCAGUCUCUUCUCUAAAUUUGGGGAGCUUGUUAAGAGCUCGCUGGCGAGAAUGAUGAUAUGGAUGGAUAUUUGCAUGCGUGCGUGCAUGGAUGGAUACAUAUGAAAAUGAGAAUGAAUGGAUGACUUUGAAAUGAAAUGAGAUGGUUGCCGA